CAGCUUCUUCUGUCGUUGCUGAGCCUCGCAGUAGAGGCAGGCGCCGGUUUAUUGGUCUCCCGUGGAAAUGAGGCGCUCGGCACUUUGCCUGGGGCUGCUGCUGCUGGUGGCGAUUGGUGGAUCACAAGCAGCUGGUGAUGCCGAGGUGCAGCGGUUGCUGGCGUUGCAGCGCAGCCACGGCGGGGUGAUCGAGCUGGACCCCAAGACCUUUCAGGAGCUGCUGGUUGGCAAGUCGAGGCCCUACUCUGUCAUCAUCGUGGCGGAUGCCAAGGACCUGCGCAGCCAGGGCAAGCUGAAGCUGGGCCAGCUGGUGUCUGAGUUCCGGCUGGUAGCCAAGUCGUUUGCCGCCACCCAUGCCGGCAAGGGCUCCGUCGGCAGCGUCAUCUUUGCGCGCUUGGAGUUUUCCAAAGCCAAGGACUUGUUUGGCAGGAUGGGCAUUCAGGCGCUGCCGUACCUGGCGCGCAUCCCGCCCAGCCUGGCCAUAUCAGAGGGCGGCGCCGUUACCCUGGGCAAGGAAGAGGUGAUGCCCACGACAGGCUACCCCUGGUCGGCAGAGGCGAUCGCGGAGUGGGUGUUGGAGCGCAGCGGCGUGGCAGUGGGCGAGAUCAAGCGCCCAACCCUCAUCAGCACCAGGCUGAUGCCGCUGCUGUCGUUGGCUGUGCUCGCGUGCGUGGCGUUUGUGGGUUACCACCUGUAUUACGCCUCCUUCAUGCGCCACCAGUGGCUCUACGCCCUGGGUGCCAUCGCCGUCUACUGGUUCUCCGUGUCAGGUGGCAUGUUCAACAUCAUUCGUGGCGUGCCGCUGGUGGGCUUUGACCACCGCAAGCGGCAGAGCAUGCUGUUCAUGCCCGGCCAGGGCCAGCUGGGCGCCGAAGGUUUCAUCAUGGGCUCCCUGUACACCACCGUGGGCCUUGCCGUGGCUGCCCUCAUCAUCCUUGCGCCAAAGGUGAAGGACCCCAACACACAGCGCGUGGCGGCGUACGGCAUCAUCCUGGUGGCAUUCAUGGCCUUCAGACUGGUGACCUCCAACCACCUGUGGAAGACAGGUAUGAACACGGAUUGGUACCUGUUUUAGCAUGCAACAAUGCGCCGGUGCAGAGCGAGGCAGGCAGGCAGGCAGCUGGCCUUGCGCCGUAGCCUUCAGUACCCGAACCGCAAAGACAGUUCACAAAGACAAUCAACAAGGAAGUUGUUUUAUCAUGUAACGCUCCCUGUUCUUCUUA